AUGAAAAGAAGCUAUGAGAAAAACGUGAAAGAGAAUCGCGUUCCUACAAAAUGUGCUUUAGUUGGCGAUGUUCCAAGAAACAGAACUAACCUAAUCAGACUAUCUAUUGGAAUGAAACUCAAAGAUUAUUCAAAAGAAGCUUCCAGUGAUGGUUUUUUGUCUUGCUUGAUUUUACAAGGUUUUCUUCUUCUUCUUGUAGUUAUUUUAAUUGAACUUAAAAGCAAUCAAAAUUAA